UUAUCAAAACCCCGUCGUUUUGCGACAUUAAAUCAUCCGGUUCACAGACAUAUAAUGAAGUGCCUCUUGCUAACGCUCCGUAUUCACGUUGUUAUGGAAUGAAUCGUAAUACAAGUACGUUAACCGAUAUAAUCACGUUCGAAUAGUAGCAGAGUGAAAUGUAAACAAAGGUAAAUAUGAUGUUUUUCAUGAGUGUAUAAAAUGCGCCUGACCAGAUAAGCUUGUAGUUUCGUGCAUGUUAUCCACAAUAUUAAAAUACAAAUGACGUUUAAUGAUCCAUAAAUAUGGAUCCAUAUAAGAGCUGACACAUGUGACGGAUCAUGUGUGUGACUGGCUCAUCAUGGACGACUCGGACCAAGACUUCACCGACCUCUGCUCUCGUCUCCUCAAAAGAGUGAGGAGGAAAGGAGCAGGGGGUUCUGGAGAUGAAAAGAGAUCAGCAACCAAGGAUGAGGAGCCAUCCUCCCCCUCUUCUAGAAGAAACCCCCCUAAGAGGAGGAAGAAGACUGACAAGGGUGUUACUAAGACUGAAAUAAAGAGUAAGAUCAAUGGCAGGACUCGGGCUGUAGGGUCUGGUGAUGUUUCUCAGCCCGAUCCUGAAGUAUCUGGCACAGGGAAAGUCAAAGAUGCAGUGGUCCGGAGAAUGCAACGGUUUAAGAGAGCCAGUCCAGAGAGACUCCUGCAUGCAGAGACCGACCAGCCCACAAGCACAGAGUCUGAUGGAAACCAUCUCACCGCUGCUGGGAUCCAGCUCACAGAAGAUGUGAGCAGCGACGAGGCCCUGGCUCUUCAGCUCCAGCAGGUGUUGGAUCGUGAGGUUCGGUCCUCUAGAGACGUGGAAGAUGAAGGAUUGUUCUUCUGCCAGCUCUGUCAGAAAGAUCUGUCAGCCAUGAGCCCUCCACUACGCACUCAGCACAUCAACAGAUGUUUAGAUGCAAGCGAGAGCAGCGCUCCUUCAGCAUCCCAUCAUUCCCACCCCAGACCACGGGUCCCAGAGUGUCCCAUUUGUGGAAAGAGUUUUAAAUCAGAAAAAAGCCGGUCUGUCCACCUAAAGCGUUGCUCGACUGAUAUGGGUGUGAAACCAAAUGAUCUUCUCCAGGCUCUGAGGAGACAGGCUGCCGAGACAGCGAGCGACAGCACCACCGACCAAUCACAGCAGCUAGGUAGUGGUACGAUAACUAGGAGGGAUGGUGUGCCUGUAAAAAAGAGAGCCAGGAGGAAAGCCCAGAAGUUGGAUGAGGACACAAUGGUGGCGCUGGCUCUGUCCCGCUCUUUACUCGAGCAGGAAAUGGAAAAGGAGCGAGAGAUGGCCGAGGAGAGGGAGAUACUGACUCCGCUCUCCAGUCCUCCUGCGACAGUGGCUCCUGUCCUACAGUGGAAACCUGGAGCAGGUAAGGGCCGUGGGAAGAGAAGGAAGGGAGCGUCUCCUGUCCACCCACCACUUCUCCUCAUCCAGGACCCUCUGACAGCACUGAACCGUCUGCAGGAGCGGGUUUCGUCUCUCCUGCGCCGUUCCAGACCCCCCUCUCCGCCAACACCAACUCUUUCCACCUCCGCGCUCCCUCUUCAUCCUCAAGCCCCCCUCUGGGACAAAAGUGCCCUUCAUGGAGGAGGACCAGAUGCAGUUUCAGAGUUUUACACCUCAGAACUAAGCAACUUCAUGCAGCCAUGGGUUGCACUGGAGAGAGAAAAGGUCAAGUCUCUUGAAGUAACUCCAGUCAAGAAAUUUCCAGCUGAGGCUGAUUCAGUCCAGGAAAAGCUUUCAGAUCAGAGCCCAGCACAACACCAGACUAGCCGUCCUCUCACCCCCUGUCCGGGUACACCAGGCACCCAGGCUCUGCAGGACCUGAUGGAGCUUGCAGAGGAAGGCAUGACCCUCACCCAGUAUGAAUACACAACGUACACGGCUGCAGGGUACAAGUCAGUUAAAGACAAUGCUGUGAAUGAACUUCCCUCAAGUGGUUUUGUUCCAGAGACAAAUGGCAACAAGAUGCCCAAGAAAACCCCAGUGUACGUUUCAAAGCUAGCAUCAGAUAUGAGCAGCAUGGUGAACAACCCUCAACUCAGUGAUGUGCAGUUACAGGUGGACAGCGGGGACGUUUUCUUCACGCACUUGUUUAUGCUGUACACACGAUGCCCCCUGCUGGCCAACUUGGUUCACGACUCAGGUUUUGGUGUUCAGGAGGAGGGUAUGCCUGUCUCUCAGAGGGUGUUGUUGGAUAAUGUGCUUGGGGAGGCAGUACUGGCCCUCCUGCAGUACCUUUACACAGCCCACUGUCCUCUGACACACACACUACUACCCCACAUACAGGAGCUUGCUGAUAGGUUUGGUUUGGCUGAGCUGCAGCAGGAGUGUGAGGAAUAUUCUGGAAGUGUGGGGGAAAACCCAAGAGAGGAAUCUGAACCUGAGCCUCAUCUCGGGGACCAAGAAGACCAGAACUUAGCAGAAAGCAACUUCUUGGAGCUCCUCCAAUCAAUGUGGCAGCACAGGGACUGCGAAGAAGAGGAUGAUUUCAAAGAGACUGCUGUAGAGGAAAGAGACAUGGAAGAGGAGCAAGAGAGAGAAGAUGGAGAAAAAGAGGACCGGGUGGAUGAGGAAGAGCUUGACGAGAUCUAUGAGUUUGCAGCAACACAAAGGAAGAUAGAGACGACGUUGAAAGCUGCGACCGAGACCGAAGAAGAGGGAGAGGCAAAUACACCCCUCGGAAAUGAGAAGAAGGAUGAGACAGAAGACAGGAACGAGACAGAAUCCCUCUUAGAGAAAUCUGCCGGCAGUUGCCAUAGUAGCAAACAAGGCGUGGAUGGGAUGGAGGCUGCCAUGGUAACAAGUCCAACAGAAGAAACCCUUAAAAACCCCAAUUCGGAGACUGAGAGAGUUUGUUUGAUUUCAGAAUUAGAUGAAAACGGAGACCCGGAUGCCAGUCUAGACAAGAGCUAUGACCGUUUAUUCUCCCAGUCUGUAGGGGAAUACAUGGAACCGUCACAGACGCCAGCGUCCUGCUCUCAGCAUCAACGUAACAAGCCAUCGCACACACUACAGCAAAACACGCCCGCCCCGUUUCGCCCUUCAUGUGUUAGUGAGGUGAUCGACCUGUCUAUAAGCCCUCCACCAAGCUCAGGUGUGUUAGGUGAGACUAACUUCCCCAUGCCUGGAGUGUCUCCUGUUCCUCAUGAGGGUGAACAUACAGGCAAAUCUCCACUAACAAAAGACAAUUCAGUAUGCCAGAAAAUCAAAAACCUCGCUUCUCCUCCAGAAUCUCAAAGCAAACAGGUUGAGCUCAUUGUUCUCUCAGAUUCUGGUGAUGAAAUGGAUGUAGACAGCGGCCGCAAUGCUGCUACCACUAAAUGUGCUUUGACUCCUCAGUCUCCUUUCGAAUCUCCCUCAGAACCUCUUCAGACGUCCACAAGCUAUGCUUGCAAAGUCACAGAGAACAGUUUCAAAGAAUCUGGAUCCCAAGGCCAUGCCGGCAAACGGGUAGAUGCUUCCAAGCAGGUGUCGACUGAUACAGAAGCCAGAUCUGACCGAUCAGCGCACUGUAGCCCCGGGAUUGCAAAUGAAAGUGUGUUUGAUGGCUCUGCCGAGGUUUCAUGGCUGAUUCCAGCCACUCCGGUACCAUCCACACGCUGUAGCUCUGCCCAGACCUGCAUCAGCAUGCGCCGAACCCAACUCUUCCCCAAGUCAUCGUCCUCCUCUUCCUCUUCCUCUGUCUCGGGUGGUUUGAAACCUGCUAGCUUUGAUUCUUCAAGCAGCAGCUGCAUAAAAGAGAAGCCGGUAUCCUUGUCUGAAUUGCCCAAAUCAGAUCUGAGUCCUUCUAAAGAACGUCAUAGCACUGAUACAGGUCGCUCUCCAGGUUAUCAGAGACCACUUCACCAUCUGAGACUGUCUCAGGUUCCUUCUACAGAUGUUUCUGAUGGCUCCCACAUUGGCAGCAUCAUGGGACAUCCAACCCAGGGUGUCUCCAAGCCCUCAAGUAGCACUCCUCUCCAUUCAGACUCUUCCUUACACCGUCAGAUCCCGUUUGGCUUCCCUGUGGUUGAUGACUGUGAGGUUCGUCUUAGGGAUAGUAUAGGUAAUUCUAGAUCCUUCAGUAUUCAGGGACAAAUUGGCUUAAUGUCUCUACAACAGAGUUCUUCUUCCCCUAGUAAGACACCUGAGAAAAAGCACAGUAGCUCUCUUGAGCAGGGAUGCUCCAGUCCGUCCCCGAACUCUCAAAGCUACAGUCGUCCAGAAAGAUGGACAAAGAGAGAGAACGAUGGGGUAGAGCGAAUGGAAUUGGGAGAGAAUCCAAAUCAAAGUGAUGAAGAAUUGGUGGAUAUUGCGGGAAACUCAUUCAGUGACAUGGAUGAGCCUGGGAGAGUGGGAGAAGAGAAUCAAAAUCAAAGUGUCGAUGAAGUGACGGGUAUUUCAGGAAACUCAUUUUGUGGCAUGGACGAGCCUCCUAUAGCGUUUGAUGACUCCUGGGGUUUGGAUGGAGGAGUUGGAAGCCAGAAGCCCUGCUUUAGUCUACGGCUUGACAGCAGCGGAGGUACAGUCAGUCCACCAGGUCUCGAGGGUAAGGGACCAACGUCCAUGUCUCCUCUUGCAUCUGGAGCUUGUACCAAAAUUCCUGAUCCAAGUCCAGGUCCAUUUAAUCACAGCCUACCUGAUCCUGACAUGUGGGAUGAUUGUGAAGAAGAGGAGGUGGCUUCCCUUCCUCUUUCUCAGAGAUUGACAGCUCCCUCUGCCAAGAGAGUUGCCGAAUUAAAGACUCCCGUUGCUUGCAAAAAGAGGAAUAAAGGAGCGCUGGUGCCCAUCACUCCCAUGCCAGGCUUUUCCAAUAUGGACACACCAGAGCUCAAAAACAGACUCAACAGGUUCGGCGUGCGUCCGCUGCCCAAGAAGCAGAUGGUUCUGAAGCUGAGAGAGAUCCAUCAAUACACCCACCAGCUGCAGAGCUCAGAGUCAGAGGAGGAGACCUCUGGACCCCAACGCCCACCGAAUGCCUCGAACUCCCAGUCUGCUCCGCUCUCCUUUAAGCAGCCUGCAGCGCCCCCUGCUGUCUCACCCGUGAAACUGCCACCAAGUGAAGAAGAUGAGCUUUUAUCAGCCUCUCAAAACUCAAAUACAUCCUCCACUGCAGAGUCUGACAGGUCGAACCCAGAGCUGUGUGUGUCCGAAGACGACGACUCGGACAGCGAGGGCAUCACGGCGUCUCAGGCUGUUGUGCGUGAGAAGGACAAACUCCUCGCAGUUCGUCAGUUUAUCCGAUCCGACCCCAAGCUGUACACGCGAGUGCUGCAGUACCAGCCUCUCUCCCUGGCGGAGCUGCGGUCCAGCUUGAAAGCAGCGGGUAUCAGGUUAGGUGCUGCUAAACUACUAGACUUCCUGGACUCUCAGUGCAUUACUUUCAGUACGGCCAAACAGGGCCAGAAUGCAUCUUCCCGCAGGAAACGACGUGUGAAAACGACAACCAGUGGUGGUGCAGCCGGAAGAGGAAGGAGAAAAGCAGCUAAGCCCAAUGGAGGAGUUGCAAUAAAAUAAUGUGGUUAAACUAAAUGAUUUGAAGUAUAAGCUGUUAAAGGACAAUAAUGGAUUUCAUCUUUUCAACUAAACAAAUGUGACACACUCCGUGUGUCACUAUUCCAGUGACAGUAUUGAAACUA